AAAACCACAUAAAAAAUGCAAUCAAAAUUCCUAAAAUCUCCUUUACAAUUUCCAUUAGUCUCACAACACAAUCAUCAAUCUUUCAUUAAGAUUGUUGCAUGUUCCAAAAACUCCUCUUCAUCAUCAGAGAAGAAAAAUGGGUUCAAGCUUCUGGGUAAACCUUUGGCUGAUUACAAAAUUAACCUAAAUGACUUGGAUAAAAGUUCGAUGCAAAACAAGUUAAACAUCUGGUUAUCAAAAACAACAAACUAUCUGAAUGAAUUGACUUCACCACUUGUAAAAAAUGUUCAAGAUAAAAACCCCACAAUUGGAAAUUCAUAUGAGAUUGAUGACAUGGAUGAGCUCUUCAUGGCUGAGCACACUAUUGACAUAACAACACCAAUGGGAAAUCUUUCAUUAGCUGCUAUUAUUUCCAUUGAGCAGUUUAGCAGGAUGAAUGGAUUGACCGGGAAGAAAAUGCAGAUGAUAUAUAAAGCACUUGUCCCUGCAAAUGUGUCUUAUAGUACCCGUAAUUUAGUGGAGUAUUGCUGCUUUAAGUUUUUGACUAGAGAUAUUUCUGAAAUUCAUCCUUGCCUGAAGGAUCUAGCCUUUCAAAGACUCAUUUUUAUAACCAUGCUUGCAUGGGAUCAUCCUUACAGCAAUGGGGGAGAUUCAUCUAGUAACAUUGCAAGAAAAGUUUCAUUACAGACGAAGCUUGUAGGAGAAGAGGCAUUUGUUCGCAUUGCUCCAGCUAUAUCUGGUUUAGCAGAUUGGCCAACAGCACAUAAUCUUUUCAAGGCUCUUGCUGGUGCUCAGAAAGGCAUUUCGUUGCGUACAUGGUUAACGUAUAUUGAUGAACUUCUAAGAGUACAUGAAGGACGGAAAUCAUCUCUUACCGAGGGGAGUCCUCAUAUUUCUGGAGAAAUAAUCUUAUGCCUUGGUUCUAGCAGAAAAAGACCUGUUCUCAAAUGGGAUAAUAACAUGGCAUGGCCCGGAAAACUAACUCUGACCGACAAGGCACUAUACUUUGAAGAAAUUGGCUUGAGGGGCCAACGAGAUGCUAUUAGACUGGAUCUUACUGGCACUGGUUCACGGGUAGAGAAAACCAGGGUUGGCCCAUUUGGUUCCGAUCUUUUCGAUUCGGCUGUUUCUGUUACUUCUGGGUCAGACUCAGAGACAUGGAUACUUGAAUUUGUUGAUUUUGGAAGUGAAAUGAGGCGAGAUGUAUGGCAUGCUUUUGUAAAAGAAGUCAUUUCCGUACACCAGUUCAUAAAUGACUUCGGACCCAAGGAUAAUGACGAACUAGUACAUAAUGUUUAUGGUGCUAAAAAGGGCAAGACAAAGGCAACAAAUUCUGCCGUUAAUGGCAUUGCAAGACUUCAAGCUCUACAAUCCAUGAAAAAACUCUUGGAUGAGCCUACUAAACUUGUCCAGUUCUCAUAUUUACAAAAUGCACCCUAUGGAGAGAUCGUCCACCAAACGUUAGCAGUCAACUUGUGGGGUGGACCAUUGACCACAAGAUUCAAGGAUGUCAACUCUGCAUCUUCUGGUGAGCAUUCGGAUGUUUACAGCAAUCAUGUCUAUGAUAUUGAUGGAAACGUUUUUUUAAGGAGAUGGAUGCGACAUCCAUCAUGGACUUCUAAUAGUUCUAUUGCUUUUUGGAAGAGCUCUUUGGUGAACCAAGAUCUCGUGUUGAGUAAAAUCCAUGUUGUUGGGGAUAAGAAUCUGGUAGAAAAGGCGGCACUUACAUGUAGGGAUAAAUACAAGGUGGUUGAAAGUACACAAGCUACUAUUGAUGCUGCCAUGAUAGAAGGGAUUCCUAGUAAUAUCGAUCUUUUCAAGGAGCUUCUGCUUCCUUUGACAAUGACUGUCAAGAGCUUUGAGAAACUUAGAAGAUGGGAAGAACCGCACUUGACUGCAUCUUUUCUUACAAUUAUGUAUGCACUCAUCUACAGAAAUUUGAUAUCUUAUGUGUUCCCUACAACAUUGAUGCUGUCUGCAACUUUCAUGUUAGUAGUAAAAGGAUUGAAAGAACAAGGCCGUCUUGGAAGAUCUUUUGGUAAAGUUACCAUACAUGAUCAGCCGCCGUCUAAUACAAUUGAGAAGAUUAUUGCUGUAAAAGAGGCCAUGCGAGAUCUAGAGAAGUAUAUGCAGACCAUUAACGUCUCGCUAUUAAAAAUCCGUACAAUUCUUCUUGCAGGCCAACCACAGAUUACAACAGAAGUGGCUAUGGUGCUAUUGUUUGGCUCUGCUGUUCUCCUCAUAAUCCCUUUCAAGUAUAUUCUUUCAUUUUUUAUACUUGAUAUCUUCACGAGAGAACUCGAGUUCAGAAAGGCAACGGUUAUGAAGUUCAUGAGGUUCUUAAGAGAACGUUGGGAUACUGUGCCUGCUACCCCUGUUUCUGUUUUGCCAUUCAAGUCUAAUGAUACCAAUGACGUCAAUCAAAAGAAUGAAAGAAACAAGUUGCUAAAUUUAGAAAGAACUCGAAGAAAACAGUAAUGUUGUAUAAUCUUUUUGUGUUGUAACAAGUAAAUCGUUUGAACAUUCUAUUGAGCAUUUUGUACAGUUCUGGUUGUAGAAAGUGUCCUAGGUAGGCUAGUUUCGAAACAGAGUUACGAUUGACAUAUUAUAUAUUACAUAAUACAGGCUCAUUAGUCAUUAUGAGUAA